AUGUAUCCAAUUUUUAUAACUGAUAUACCUGAUGCAGAAGAAAAUAUUUCGUCUUUACCUGGUCAAAAAAGAUGGGGUAUUAAUAAACUUGAAGGAUUUCUUAAACCUCUUGUUGAAAAAGGGUUAAAAUCUUUAUUAUUAUUUGGUGUUCCUACGAGCGGAAAGGAUGCGACAGGGUCAAAAGCUGAUGAUCCAGAUGGACCAGUAAUUUUAGCCAUAAAACUUAUCCGAGAUAAAUUUCCCGAAUUAUUUAUUGCUUGUGAUGUUUGUCUUUGUGAAUAUACAGAUCAUGGUCACUGUGGAUACUUGAAUGAAGAUGGUACUAUCGAUAAUUUGACUAGUGUUAAACGCAUUGCCGAAGUGGCGAUAAAAUAUUCUAAAGCUGGAGCCCAUUGUGUCGCACCAUCAGAUAUGAUGGAUGGACGAAUCAAAGCUAUCAAAGAAUCAUUAAUCAAAGAGAAACUUGGUAAUAAAAUUUUAUUAAUGAGUUACAGCGCGAAAUUUGCUAGUUCUUUUUAUGGGCCAUUUAGAGAAGCAGCAAAUUCAGCACCAGCUUUUGGAGACCGUAAAUGCUAUCAACUUCCUCCAAACGCUAGAGGUUUAGCACGUCGCGCAAUUACACGUGACAUUGGGGAAGGCGCGGAUAUCAUAAUGGUCAAACCAGGAAUGCCAUAUUUAGACAUAUUACGAGAUGCAAAGGAAUUGUGUCCUGAUGCCCCUAUAGCUGUUUAUCAAGUUUCGGGUGAAUUUGCAAUGAUUUGGCAUUCGGCCGAAGCAAAGGUUUUUGAUCUCCGAACAGCUGUCUUUGAAAGUAUGGAGUCUUUUCUAAGAGCUGGGGCCAACUUAAUCUUAACUUACUAUACGCCACAACUCCUUGAUUGGUUAGACGCUUAA